UCGCACAGAUGAUGACAAUAUAAAUGUGCAUGUGACAUUUAUUUUAUUUGAUUUUUAAUGAUUUAACAUUCAUUGUGAUGGGGGGUGACGGGACCAGUGCAUUAUUAUCAUUUUGGCAACCUCAAUUUUAAGUUCAAUCAACUCAUACCAUAUUCGACGAUUGUGCGUUGAUCCUCAGACAUUUCCAUCGAAAUCAUUCGUGAAGCGCGGUUUGACUCAUGCGUGUAAAUGCGAUAAUGUCGCUUCAGUGUGGUGCUCUAUUUGUUCAUUAAUUAUUUACAUCAAGACCACGGAAAAUAUGGAUCAAGGGUGUUUUAAUCAGCCACGUUGAGUGAUACCCGUUGACUUUUCAGUUUACAUUAUUCUACAUUGGUGAAGAUGUUGGAAAUAUACUAAUUUUUACAACGUUUUACGGAAUCUCUAAACUUGUGUUGUAUCAUUAGUGCUUGUGAGAGAAGAUUUGCGAACGAAAUUCUUGCGCCAAAAUGUCGAAGGAUAAAAUGUCUGAGAUCGACGAACAUAUUUCGAAAAGAUUUGAUAUUCACAAGAGAUUAGGUAAAGGUGCUUAUGGAAUAGUCUGGAAGGCAGUGGAUAAAAAGAGCAAAGAAAUUGUAGCAGUGAAAAAAAUUUUUGAUGCGUUUCGGAAUCAAACAGACGCUCAAAGAACAUUCAGAGAAAUCAUGAUAUUACAAUCCUUCAAGUCUCAUCCGAAUAUUAUUAAAUUGCAUAGCAUUCACAGGGCUACAAAUAACCGCGACAUUUAUUUAGGAUUUGAAUAUAUGGAAACCGAUCUGCAUAAUGUAAUAAAACGCGGAAAUGUAUUAAAAGAUGUGCAUAAGAGAUACAUUAUGUAUCAACUACUCAAAGCCACCAAGUAUAUUCAUUCCGGAAAUGUGAUACAUCGUGAUCAAAAACCUAGCAACAUAUUGUUGGACACUUUAUGCCGUUGUAAAAUUGCUGAUUUUGGCUUGGCACGAUCAUUGUCUCAAUGUGGAGAUGGGAGUCCCGAUGCAGAUCCCACUUUGACUGAUUACGUCGCUACUCGAUGGUAUCGUGCUCCUGAAAUUCUCAUCGCAAACCGCCAUUAUACGAAAGGCAUCGAUAUGUGGAGUCUGGGUUGUAUUAUUGGUGAAAUGAUUGCUGGAAAACCAAUAUUUCCAGGAAGCAGUACAGUGAAUCAAAUUGAAAGGAUAAUGGCAACCAUACCGUGUCCUUCAAAUGAAGAAAUAAAUGCGGUUUGUGUAUCUGGUGUUGGAAUAUCCAUGAUUAAAAACGCAUGUUCUGCACCGCGUAUAGCAUUCCGAUCUCUCCUAGGACCGGAAGUAGCUAGUGAUGCUGCCGAUCUCAUCAACAAACUGCUGGUUUUCAAUCCCAGUAAACGUCUUACUGCAGAACAGGCCAUUAAACAUCCUUAUGUUGCAAAGUUUCGUGAGCCACAUCAAGAAAUCGUUAUGCAAUCGGAUGUGGUAAUUCCGUUUAAUGAUGAUGUGCGUUUGUCGGUGGAUGACUAUCGUAAUAAGUUGUAUGAAAUGAUGGCAUCUUCUGCCACCUCAAAACUAAAACCGUUGAGAAAUACUAAGACUGUUAUCAAAGUAGAGCCCGAGUUUCAGGAACCCAAAUUGAGGCCCGGCAUCUACAAACCUGAGAAACCUCUUAAGAGUAACAAGAGUUAUGUGACACAAUCAGAACCAAAACUGCGACAAGUAUAUCGUCCGCGAAAUACUAAUCCUAUUAAAUCGGAUCCCAAACUGCCACCGCGAGAACUCAACAAAAGUUCAAAUUCAUGGAAACAGGACAUGUCGAAAAAAUGUAAUAACAAAGUCGCUAAUAUUGAUCAUGGUGUUCGUCGGUUGAAUAGUAACAGCAACGUGUAUAUGUCUUAUAAUAGUUAUAAUCCGAGUCAUGGGAUUAUCACACAGAACGCAUUGAUGGAGCUGCGUGCAGCUGGAUUACGAUAGAGAAGUGUCGGAAUUGAAUUGGAAUUGCUCACUGUUUGUGGAUAGAAUUAGAUGUUAGAUUUUUUAGGUCGGUUUUUGCGACAAAUUUUAGAAAUGUUUUAUACGUCUGUGGAAGAAGUCUUUUGUAUUAUACAAUUGUGAGUGGCUGGCUCGCAGAUCACUUUACGAUCACUUUCUAUGACUGGCUGAUGACAGUAUUAUGAUAUUACAAUUGAUUGAAGCAAUAUAUUUUUGCACACACGUGUGAUUAACAGUUUUUGCAAAUAUAUCCUAAAAUAUUAAA